CUCCCAACUAUAUGCGGGGGAAGACUGCAGUGUGAAUGAAUCAGAGCCGUUGGUUGGCCAACUGAGACAGAGUCAUAGUGAUCUAGUCAAGCUGAGCUAACAGCAGCAGCAGCAGUAGUAGUAGAUAGUAGUAGUAGGGCAGGGGGUAUAGAGAGAGUUUAGAGACAGUAGGUAGACAGUGUGGUGGCCCACUUAACUUCCCCCACUUGCCACCGACGGUGCCAUGCUAACCUAAGCUGCUCCCCACCACCACCAUUCUCCCUUUUUCUUCCCUUCUUAUUUCCCAACUCUCUGCCCCCUCCCUUCCCCCUCUUCCCCUAACUCCAUUCAACACCAACCAACCAACCUCUCUCUCUCUCUCUCUCUCUCUCUCUCUCUCAAUUCAUAGAGCACUCAAAGAGAAGGAUUGUGAUGAAGUGUUCGUAAAAGGAUUGGAGUGAGCUGUUUAUGAUCACUUAAUUUGCUUCUCUUUAUUGCUAAAUUUAGGCGAAUGGGUUUUACUUCUCUUCAAGUGUGCAUGGAUUCAUCUGAUUGGCUCCAGGGCACGAUUCACGAUGACCCUGGAAUGGAUUCUUCAUCACCAUCUGGUGACAUGCUCACUUGCUCAAGACCUUUAAUGGAGAGGAGGGUUAGGCCACAACAUGACCAAGCCCUAAAGUGCCCUAGGUGUGACUCAACCCACACCAAGUUCUGUUACUACAACAACUACAGCCUCUCUCAACCAAGGUAUUUCUGCAAGACUUGUAGGAGGUACUGGACCAAAGGAGGCACACUGAGGAACAUCCCUGUUGGGGGUGGGUGUAGAAAGAACAAAAAAGUUUCCUCCAAGAAAUCAAAUGAUAAUAAUAAUGUAUCUAUGAGCAACCCACAAAACCCGGGUUCAUCGUCUCGCAGUCCGACUGAUCUCCAGCUCUCCUUCCCUGAGGUUCAAUUCUCUCACCUCACAAACUUGAUUGGGAGCCAUGGGGGGAUUGGAAGUGGAAACCCUAGUUUCUUGGAGAGCAAGUAUGGCGCCAUGCUUGAAAACCCUAGGGCUAUUGAUUUUAUGGAGGAGAGUUCAAGAAGCCAUGAUUUUAUGGGGAGUGGUGAGGUGGGUAUGAUGGGUGGUGGGCUUGGUGGUGAGAUGAGUCAUCACCAUGGAUUGGGUGGACCAAACUUUCAUGCACUGUGCUCUUCUCCUUUUGGAAUGUCUCUUGAUGGGAAUAGUGGUGGUGGACCUGGACCAUUCAUGGAUAUGAGUUGCCAGAGGUUAAUGCUUCCAUAUGAAGUGAAUCAUGAGGAUCAUCAUCAAAAUACAAUGGAUGUGAAGCCAAAUACCAAGCUUUUGUCUCUUGAUUGGCAAGACCAAGGUUGUUCUGACGCUGGGAAGGACUCUUUUGGGUAUCUCAAUGGGGGACUCGGAUCAUGGACCGGCUUGAUGAACGGUUAUGGACCAUCCACAACAAACCCAUUAGUCUAACAAUAAGGAUAAGUGCACAUAUGAGAACCACAUAAUGAGAUAUAAAUGUGUGUAACUCACCUUUUGUGAGAUAUUUAUACUGUCUCAUUAUGUGAUUUUUAUCUGUGUUCCUAACACUAUUGUUGACAUGAUCAAUGGUCAAGAAUUGCAGGCUGGUGUGAUCAACGGCUGUGGAGCAAGAAAGCUAGUAGUCUUAGACUUAUAUCUAAGUAUUUCCUAGUGUAUGCCUUUAUUGGACAGGUUUUUAAUGUUUCUUUCUGUGAAGUUUUUUUUUGUUUUUUUGUUUUGGCAAUCGACUUAACAAAUGAUCAGGAGUGUGAAUGCGAGGAUGUGAGAGUCUAAAAAUGUCUGCUUUAGUGCUUUAAAGGUUGGUCUCUCCAUCUUUUUUACUAGUAUAUUAUAUUGGUGUUGUUCAAUCUUAUUGAAUUUUUAUGUGAACUUGAUUUCUUUGGUGGAAGA